AUGAGCUUCGGCUUCGGUGUUGGUGACUUUCUGGCCGUCUUAAAACUGGCAAAUACUGUGCGGAAGCAGUUCAAAGAUGCGCCCGGUCAAUUCAAAUCUAUAUCCGACGACGUAAAGUUAUUGUCAAAUGUCCUUCGAGAUAUUGAAGAUCAAGACCCAGCUGAGAGUUUGCGAGAUGCCCAAAAAGAUGUUUUGAACCAGAUCUCGCGCAGCUGUGGGGAGCUGCUUGAUGAAUUGCGCACCACCAUUUACAAAUACCAGCUGAUCGAAGAAAAAUCUGUGGAUACAAAAAGCAUCAGAACAAUUGGUCGCAGAGUGUGGAAACGCUUGAACUGGGACGAGAAAGAAAUCGAUGGGUAUCGACAACGUCUUUCUACAAAUAUUGGCUCUUUCAACUUGUUCUUGGCUCAGGUCAACAACCAGCUAAGCAAGGAGUCCAACGAGCUGGCUGUGACCACUCAGCAUGGGGUGAAACAGCUUAUUGAGUACCAAAAUGCUCAGCGCCAUGAAGAAUGUCUUAAAUGGCUCUCGUUGCUCGAUCACGAUGCCAAACAGGCUGAUUUCUUCAGUCGCGUGCAAGAGGGGACGGGAAACUGGCUUCUAAACUCGACCGAAUUUCAUAACUGGAUCAGUACUAAUGAUCCAGCUCAUCAAAAGCUCGAUUCCAACACCAUUAAAACGCAUAGAACUCUUUUUUGUCCGGGCAUGCCUGUUGCAGGCAAGACAUUUCUGGCAUCCAUUGUGAUCAAUCAUCUUCAACAAGUACUCCGACCCAACGAUGUUGCUCUCGCAUUUUUCUUUUGUAAUUUUAGAGAGAAGGUGACCCUCGAUCAGAUGCUUGCCACUUUACUGAAGCAAUUGGUUCGACAACAAUCAUUCAUUCCUCACUGCCUAGCAACUCUAUUCGAAAGAAGGUCACGUCUCACUACGAGUGAUAUUGUCACUGGCCUCAAAUCUGCGUCGUCGACAUUCUCUAAGGUAUUUAUCGUCAUUGAUGCAUUGGAUGAGUGUUAUCUCCCCGACAACCUCCGAACAAGAUUUCUUUUGGAGAUCAGGACUCUCCAAGAAAGUUGUAAUUUGCACGUAUUUGCGACUUCUCGAGACAACCCGGAGAUUACUACUUUGUUUGAGGGCUGUUCGAGUCUAGGAAUUCGAGCAAACCCUGAAGAUGUCAAGAGAUUUCUCCGUGGGCGGAUCGGGACACUCCCCAGUGUCGUUCAAAAGAAAACAGAUCUACAAGAAGAGAUCAUCACAGAAAUCUCCAAAGCCGUGGAUGGAAUGUUCCUUCUAGCACGUUUACAUAUUGACUCUUUGCAGGGUAAGCGGUCAGUCAAAUCCAUUCGACAAGCAUUGAAGACCCUGCCAAUCGGAUUGGAUGCUUCCUAUACCGAUGCGAUGAGCCGCAUAGAAAGUCAGCUUCCUGACGAGGUGGAAACUGCAAAAGAGGUCCUUUGCUGGAUUUCUUACGCAACAAGGUCCAUCACUCCUUUCGAAUUACAACAUGCGCUUGCUAUUGAAGAUUAUCAGCUGUUUCUUGACCAGGAUAACAUCUCAGAUAUUGAGGAUUUGAUCUCAGUAUGUGCGGGUCUUGUCACCGUUGAUGAACAGAGUGGUGUCGUCAGACUGGUGCAUUAUACGAUGCAAGAAUAUUUCGAUCGAAACCGAGAUUAUCUUUUCCCUGAUGCACAUCACAAAAUAGCGUCCAAGUGCAUUCACUAUCUUUCCUUCGAUGCGUUCAGCGAUGCAUCGGUCUUGGUAUCUGUGGGUCACCAUCCUCUGCUUAAAGACCAUCCUCUUCUCGAAUACUCUGCUGGUAAUCUAAAACAUCAUAUUCGUCUGCAAAAGGUUGGGAAAGAUCUGAUUCUCGGGCUUUUGAGACGCCACGAAAAUGUGAACGUGGUUUUUGGUGCAUGGGAGCACUCGCGAUAUGCAGUCAAAGAACGAGGUAGAGUGUUGAGUGUCAGCCGGACUAUGUCACCCCAACACAGGCGGGGAAUUCAUCUUGCAGCCUGUCUUGAUCAUGUCGGGGCCAUAGAAACUAUCCUAGAUGAUGAAGGGGGGGGUGUUGCUGAUAUCAAGGAUUAUUGGGGCCAGACGCCACUAUUAUUUGCCGCCCAAUACGGCUCCCCGGCAGUCGCCAAGUUCCUUCUCAACCGCGGAGUCAACCCUAAUUCAGCGCAAGAAGAGUAUUCCGGGGAUACACCUUUGAUUAUGUCGAUUAGAUUCGGUCAUACUGAAGUAACUAGGCUUCUUAUUGAAUCAGGAGCCGACAUAAACAGAAGGAACCCUCUAACAGGAGUCACUCCUCUAGGGUUUGCAGCAGAACGGGGAUUUGAAGCAGUCGUCAGGUACCUUACUGGGCGAGGAGCAAUUGCAAACCCUGGAGGGCUAGUUUCCAAAAGCCCUCUGGCCCUAGCAGCAUUGAACAGCCAUUGGUCAAUCUUCGAUUUCCUAGCCAAGCUCGUCGAUGACAGUUUUAUUAGGUUGAACUAUCGCGACCUCUUGUGUUGUGCAGCUUCUGGUGGGAACAAAUACAUUACAACACACCUGCUUGAACGAGGCGACAUUAGUGUUAAGUUGAAGAUUUCAAGUGCCCAAUACGCACUUUGUGGUAAAUCAUCUUGGGCUGAUGACCCCAGAAGAAUCGCCAGGCUUUCAGCUCUGGAAGUUCUCAUCGCACAGGAGGGCGUCGAUGCGAACUUCCAGUGUGAUGGGGAAGGUCUUCUUCACAGAUGCAUAGACUCUCCUUGGCAAGAGGGCCUAGAGACAAUAUUCAAACUACUUUACCAAUAUGGAGCAGAUCCAAACAUCAAGGACAAGAAUGGUCAAAGCUGCCUUGCCAAAGCCGUGACUUUUGAUUGGGGAAACGAGUGGCCUCGGAUGAGUCCUCUGAGAAUCAUCAGACUGCUGGUUGAUACAUAUGAUCAGUGGGGGAAUAUCCAAGGCCAGGACCGGAGCGGCCGUACCCCAUUACACCGCGCUACCAUGUCUGCCGUGGCGCUGGUGGAAGCCCCAGAGAGGAGCAAUGAGUGCGAAGCAAUAGUUCGGGCUUUGCUUGAUAGGGGUGCAGAGCUUAUCAGUAGAGACAGUACAGGUAAAACACCCCUUUCAUAUGCAGCCCAACUAUCGCAUGUCGCAUUGGUUCAAAUGUUUCUUUCGAGAGGCGCCGGUGCAGACGAUAAAGACUGUGUUGGACGUACUCCGCUUUCCCAUGCGGUGGAUUUCGAUCCCCAGAAUUUUCGGGGGGUUUACGAUAAACGCUCUGAGCAAUUUGCAGCUCAGUGGCCCUUUACCAGCUUGAAUGAAGUUGUUGAAAUUCUUCUUUCGAAUGGAGCCGAUCCAGAUUUCCGAGAUCAUGAGGGGAUGACUCCCCUUCUUCGGGCAGAAAUGAAUUUGCCAGAGGAUCAUGAAGCUUUGAGAAUGCUUCGGAAAGUUACCAGCAGCUAG